AUGCAGAAGCCAUUACAAAUACACUUGAAAAAGUAGAUUAUCUAUUAAAAAUUAAAUAUGCAGAAUUAUUUAUAUGGAAAAUAGAUAUAGAUGGUGAUAAAAGAAUUAAUUAAUAUGAAUUUAGAAGAUGCAUAUUUAAUCCUACUUAAUUGGAAUCUAGGUACAUUUGCAAAACUAAUUUUAAAUAAGAAAUUUAUUUAAUAUAGUUUAAAUCUUUAUGUAUGAUAAGAUUAAAAAUAGAAAGAUUAUAUUGGAAGAUACAUUAGAAUUAUUAUUUGUGCAUCAUGUAAGAUGUGAUUUAGAUGAAGAAAUAUAAGCCAUAUUUGGUAAGGAAGAAUAAAAUAGUGAUGGAAAUAAAAAAUCAUUAAGUUUUAUAGAAUAUUAAGAGAAAAUAAGAAUAAAGAAAGAAGGAAGGAGGUUGAAAUGA